AAAACGACAGGGCUUCUGUCAGAAGUCCAUUCUAACAAACGAGCAAAACACAGGACACCUAUCAAGCUACAACUCUGUAAAAACAAAGAAGAUAUUUAGGAGAUAUUCAAAGCAAUUAUUCAGUUGCUAGACUUUUCCACUGCCACCAAGAGCCAAGAGUCAAGAGUUUGAACCUCAUUCAACAGAAGUAUGGAGGGGUAUGCGAUGACAACUGGCGACAUGGAGAGGGGCCUUGAAAAUAGCCUUGUGGACAGUGGCCCUGUGUACAAGACAACAGUGACAGCUGUCGCUGAGAGAAAGGCCUCCAGAGGUUGGCUAUGGAGGCUGUGUGGCGUUCUCUUAAUAGCAGCUUUAUGUGCGGCAGCAGCCCUGCUCUUUGCCUGGUGUCAGCAUGGAAGACUGGCAACGAUGCAGGACGGAAUGGAGCCUCAGCUGGAGAUAUUCAUUGGUGCAAAAGAUACCCACAAUACAUUGAAGCAGAUUGCCAGCAAUGCAAAAGCAGCCAUCCAUUUAGAGGGUGAAUACAAUCCUAAUCUUACCACUGACACAGUGCAGUGGAGAAAGGAUGUCGGCCAGGCCUUUUCCCAGGGCGGGUUCAAGCUACAAGGGAACCAAAUCCUCAUCCCACACACUGGGCUCUUCUUCGUUUACAGCCAGGCUUCGUUUAGGGUCAAGUGCAAUGGCCCGGGCGAGCGUACCACUCCUCUGAGUCACGUUAUUUGGCGCUAUUCGGACUCCAUCGGGGAUAAUGGUAAUCUACUUAGCGGGGUACGGUCAGUUUGUCAACAAAACUACGGUAAUGCUGAGUCCAAUAUUGGCGAAGGUUGGUAUAAUGCAGUUUACCUUAGUGCAGUGUUUCAGCUGAAUGAAGGGGACAAACUGUGGACUGAGACCAAUCGACUGACCGACGUGGAGCCAGAGCAGGGCAAGAACUUCUUUGGUGUGUUUGCACUAUGAUGAGAGAGAGGCAGGCCAGAGGUGAAUAUUUGUUAUAAAAGUUUUAUGUUAAAACUCUUAUUUUAGUGUUGCAAUUUUAUGGUAACUGAGCAAUCUCAAAGGAGAUAGGUCUAAUCUUAAUGGUUAUUUUGUCAACUGAAAAAGUUUAAGAAAUGAUUAUUGUUUGUCCUUACAUGAUGAUUGUCCAUUCUCUGUAUUGUAGAUUUUGCACCAAAUAAUAUUAUGACUUUGGUUUUUUUAUAGUAACUUACUUUUUAUUUGAUUUUAUACUAUUUAUAUGAAAAUACAGUAGGCUACUGAGUACUGUAGUAGAAGUUAUCUUGAUUCACAUCUAGCAGUAGCCUAUACUAGGCCUAUCAGAAUACAUUGCUACACUAUUAAGUUAUUUUAUUUAAUGUAUUGAUGUACUAUGUCUAUUUAAAUGUGAUUGUGUGUAUUUUAUUUGUCACCUAUUCAGAGUGCUUUAAUCAACUGUAAUAAAUUCCAAAUGUUCUCAACUUUA